AUGCUCGGUGCCGUCUCCUUCACUGCGGGGCAGAUCCCCCUCCUGUCUGACACUGAUAGCAUAUCCCAGCACAAUGCCAUCCAUGUCUUCACUGUGCACAGACAUUACUUGGCCGGAGCUCCUUCCUGCAGUAUCCUCCGGAGCUGCGCUCCCUCCGCGCCCCCGGCUCUCCUCAGUGACAGGCGCGGCCCCGGCGCUGGCUCCUCCCGGAGGAGGGGAUCCCGGGUGUCUCGGUGCGCGGUGUUGGCCCCCAUGGCGGCGGCGCCCCCCAGUAAGAGCGGCCGGUGGCUGCAGCGGUGCCUGGAGUCUGGCGGGGCCGGCCUGCUGCUGCUGGACUGCCGGCCUCAGGAGCGCUUCCAGGCGGCGCACAUCGAGGCGGCCGUCAGCGUCACCGUCCCCGGCCUGAUGUUGCGCCGCCUCCGUACGGGCAGCAUGUCCGUCCGCUCCGUCAUCGCCAGCGACCCCGAGGCCUUCUCCCGCCGCCGGCAGGUGGACUCCGUGCUGCUGUACGACGAGGCGACCCUGGACUGGCCGGACAACCAGAGCUCGGUGCUCGGCCUGCUGCUCCACAAGCUCCGGGAGGACGGCUGCCGAGCCUACUACCUGCGAGGUGGAUACAGUAAGUUCCAGAGGGAGCACCCGGAGCAUUGCGAGCUCGGCCUGGAGAUCCCCUCCCCCACCGAUCCGGCGCCGGAUUCUCUGCUCGGAUUGUCCAGUCUGAGAAUAACUUGUGAAAGUUCCGAUGGUGAAUCUGACCGAGAACCCAACAGCGCGACCGAAUCGGAAGGAAGCCCCGUCCUCACCAACCAGGCGACGUUCCCCGUCCAGAUCCUUCCGUAUUUAUACCUCGGCUGCGCCAAAGAUUCGGCUAACCUGGACAUACUGGGGAAAUACAACAUCCGCUACAUCCUGAACGUCACGCCCAACCUGCCCAACGCCUUCGAGCACAACGGCGACUUCAAGUACAAGCAGAUCCCCAUCUCCGACCACUGGAGCCAGAACCUGUCGCAGUUCUUCCCGGAGGCCAUAUCCUUCAUCGAUGAAGCUCGUUCCAACAAGUGCGGGAUCCUCGUCCACUGUCUGGCAGGCAUCAGCCGCUCGGUCACGGUCACCGUGGCGUACCUCAUGCAGAAGCUCAACCUCUCGCUGAACGACGCCUACGACUUCGUGAAGAGGAAAAAGUCCAACAUCUCGCCAAACUUUAACUUCAUGGGCCAGCUGCUGGACUUCGAAAGGACCCUGAAAAGCCCCUGCGACAUCCGCUCGCCCACAAACCAGCUGUACUUCAGCACGCCCACAAAUAACAACCUCUUCCAGCUGGACAGCCUGGAGUUCACAUGAUAACUCCUCCGGGCGUGGAUGAUGGGAGUCGUGUCAUCUGUAAGUUAUAUCCAGAGCAGAAGUCGCCGGCGGUUUUUGUCUUGCACUUAACAAAUCGUCGCCGUAGAGAAGAAAAUGUCUAUUUUUUAUUGUAUUUUUGUAUCCAGGGCAGUUGAUCAGUAUGUAGUGAGGUUCCUCUCAUGCGGUGUCAGCGGUACUGGUCUGUGCUGGAUCCUCCAGGCGCUCCGCGGCCGUCCUGGAUCCUCCAGGCGCUCCGCGGCCGUCCUGGAUCCUCCAGGCGCUCCGCGGCCGUCCUGGAUCCUCCAGGCGUUCCGCGGCCGUCCUGGAUCCCCCAGGCGCUCCGCGGCCGUCCUGGAUCCUCCAGGCGCUCCGCGGCCGUCCUGGAUCCUCCAGGCGCUCCGCGGCCGUCCUGGAUCCUCCAGGCGCUCCGCGGCCGUCCUGGAUCCUCCAGGCGCUCCGCGGCCGCCCCUGGAUCCUCCAGGCGCUCCGCGGCCGCCCCUGGAUCCCCCAGGCGCUCCGCGGCCGCCCCUGGAUCCCCCAGGCGCUCCGCGGCCGCCCCUGGAUCCCCCAGGCGCUCCGCGGCCGCCCCUGGAUCCCCCAGGCGCUCCGCGGCCGCCCCUGGAUCCCCCAGGCGCUCCGCGGCCGCCCCUGGAUCCCCCAGGCGCUCCGCGGCCGUCCUGGAUCCUCUAGGCGCUCCGCGGCCGUCCUGUUUCCUCCAGGCGCUCCGCGGCCGUCCAGGAUCCCCCAGGCGCUCCGCGGCCGCCCCUGGAUCCCCCAGGCGCUCCGCGGCCGCCCCUGGAUCCCCCAGGCGCUCCGCGGCCGCCCCUGGAUCCUCCAGGCGCUCCGCGGCCGCCCUGGAUCCCUAGGUGCUGUAGAUUAUAAGAUGCCGGAUGGAAGGAAUCGCACUGAAUAUAUAUAAUUGUAUUAGAGUCGUUAGGUGGCGGGUAAUUAAUAUUUGACUAAUCAGCAAAUUCUGUUUGGUGGGCGGAGUCAUUAAUCAGCGUUUGAUCCCCAAAUCUUUUUGUAUAAAAAAUUGUAUCUUUUGUAUUUUUUUUAUAAGCCAAAUAAGUUUCUAUUGACCAAAUGCUGUUUGCACAGUUUCCAGGCCGACGUGCGCCGCGCGCGCCGCCGCUCAGGCUCCUCUGCGAUUGGACGUUACGUGUUUCUCUCUUGUGCCGUAUCGAUAGUAUUGACCGUUGUCUAUGGAGCUUACAAUCCAGAAGUGUCCGAGGAAAAGACAGGUUUAUUCUAUGCAAAUUGUAUUCACCUGCCUGCAAUGAUCAGUGUUCCAGAGGCCACGUCCUCCAUGUUUACGGGGCCCUUUAUUUUUGGGGGACAACUAUAAAGCUCCCAACGGAUGCCUUUAAAUCUUAAAGGGCCGGUGUUCUGUAUUUAAAACUUUAUUAUUCUGUAUUGGAAAGUUCAGUAACAUGCGCCUCAGUUGUGUGAGGAGGACGAGGUCAGAACAGGGUUUCAGUACCUGAAUAAGAAUAUCCAGUGUCACUGACUGCAAGCAGAGAUCCUGAAAAUGGUGAAGAAUUAAGCUGCAAAGUCUCCUACAAACAUCACACAGCGAUUAAUGGCAGAUGCCCCUAUAGUGUACAGUCACCUAUAGAAUCAGACCACAUAGCCAGUACCAUCACCUGAUCCUGACUUAUAGGCAGUAUUAUGUACACCAGAGCUGCAUUCCGUAUUCUGCACCUCCAGAGCUGAAAUCUCCCAUCAUUCCCUGCUUGUUCAGUGACUGCACAGAGCCUUACACCAGGUUGUCCCCCAAGAAGCUCAGGUGUCUAUCUGCAACAACCAGCAGAAUAGUGAGUGCAGCUCUGGAGUAGAAUACAAUUGGCAGCUGUCACCAGUUGUGAUGGUUGUCCCAGUGAUCCCCCAUGAGGAUUGCAGAUCCCACUGGUGCUCACCAUAUCUAUUGCCGUAUUUGCUCCUCGCACGUAGUGUCAGCGCCACUGUACCUUCAGUGCCAUCUUAAGGAUCAUGGCUGAAGGAGCAGAUAAUGGGAGUGGUAGUUAGAUACACCAGCCCUCUAAAAGGGAUGCUUACUGUAACAUUAUCUAGCUGUGGUCCUUGGCGCUCAGGGGCCAAACGGAGACACGUGAACAGUGAAAAUCCUGGUCAUGGACUGCCUUGUGUGCACCAUUGUUUUCUGCCCCACUCACGAGGAGGUGCUCAGGAUUUCGCUGCGCUCCGGAGAACCCCUUUAACUGGCUGCAUCCCCCAUUGGUAUCUGUUUCCCACUACGCUUCCUGCGGGAGGUAUGAUGGGAUUUGUAGUUUGAUAGCAGUAUUUUUGGAUAUUAACCCCCCAUAACAAUGAUAAUCCUGUAUUAUUACCGUAUCGGACGAGCGCCUCACUGCCAAAUUGCGGCCUCGUCUCGUGUUGUGCCUCGUACGUGUGCUCUCCAGCCAUCACCUGCCACCGUUUAUUUCACGGAGGCACGUUUUCCUCAAAGCCUCAUUCUUGCGCUCGGACUGUUGGGGGUAAAGCGUGGCCGCAGUGCCUGAGGGGGGCACAGUAAAAGCGCAGGUUCACUUUAAAUGUCAUUUGACAGAUUACGUUUAAAUAUUAUUUUGAAUGACGUCAUUCAUUGUACUCCAAUCGCACCCAAAGCUGCAUCCACACAGUUCCGUGUCUGUAUUGGGCUACUCUCUGCUGUCCUCGGUUGUGGGAGAUGCCGUCUUUACAGCGGUCACUGUUUCGUCUUGUAGUAUAUUAUAGGAUUCCUCUCAGCAGGAAGGUAGUUUCUAGGGGCUCCUCAGGGGCGGGGCUUGUCUUAUUGUCUAUGACCAGCAGAGAGGUAGCCUGCAUGAUUGUGCAUCCAGAUAAUGGGUCCCCAAUACACGUAGGGAAGGUGUGCAACAUUUGGAGAUGUAUCCUGUGAAAUGAUGCAUAAAGGCGGAGAAGCCAGUAUAAAGCUGGAGAGAAUGUGCCCACUGCCGAUAUAUAAAGUGUAACUCCACCCAGAACCCAGUGUUACAUGGAGGUUGUCAAGUUCUUGAACCUUCUCCUGUAUGGGACAGUCGGCCACACUGCCGGAAGCCUCCACUUUAUCCAUGCCGAUAGGUGGGGCUUCUUUCCAACAUGCAGUUUACAGGAGCGCCCACAAGGGACAAAAGCGGGGUCCACGUACAUCUGUCAGGUGGGAUUCUCCUUUAAAGGCUAUGUAACCUUUGGGGACAGUUUUUUUUUAUUUUUUUAUUAUUGCAUUGUACACAUUUUAAGCUAAAAAUCGUUUUUCAGUUGGUCUUCAUGAAAAAUUUGGAGCCCUUCUCUCCGUACAGGGCUGAGAUUCUCUAGUAGCAGGAUCUGAAUUUUCUCUCUGUUCUGUCAGGCAGCUCAGCUGACGGCCCCUUAUCUCUGGCCUUAAACGCUCAUCAUAGCUCAGUCCUUAUCUUACUGCUCAGAAUGUAGCUUAAAUACGUGUUUAUGACCUGUUUGUAAUUAAGAGAUAAGGGGUAACACAAAGUGAAAGUACCAGUCGCACAGCUACAAAAACACUUCCGCCUUUGUGACAGAAGGGCUCAAUAUUUUUAAUAAAGCCCAACUGAAAAAAUGAUUUUUAACCCCAAAUGAGUAAAAUGCAAUCCUAAAGAAUUCUCCCCGAAGUUUGUUUCUUUCCGUUAUAAUUUUCUAUAUCUUUCCCCCUCCCGAGCUCUCUGGAUCUUAUCAGCUAUUAUACUGUGGUACAGCCGGCGGCGAGCGCAGCGUAUAACAACCGUAUUUUUUACGCUUUCUACGGAUCCAACUCUUUAUAAAUCGGCGACUUUUUCACGUUUUGUAUUCUCCGGCAGAAAGAAAUGGCAUAUGAUAUCUGAAUGUCUGAGACGAUGAACGAGCACAGAGCGCACAACCGGCUCGCCGGACAGAAGGCGGUGCAAUAUGAAGGCUGCAGAGGCACCCCAGCAAUAUGGAGGGAGGGGGCAUUCUCCUUACUGUUUGUACCCCUCCCCCCCUUUCACAAAAUUUGGGGGAACCACGAUGGUGCAGAAUUGGGGUUGGGGUUCGCUGCUUAGUUGCUACGUUUUGUGUUGUCAUCGAAGCUUUUUCUGACCGCGGCGAGUCGGUUGUGCGCCCCACGUAUCUAUGGUUGAGAAGGCGUCUGAUUUCCAGAAUGUAAGAAUGAUUGUUUAUACAUCAAAUAAACAUAUUUUUCUUUA